UCUCUCUCUCUCUCUCUAAAGCUCGCCGUUUGUGUGUGUGUGUUUGGGUGUGUGUUGGUGCUCCGAUGAUGGACUCCAAGUCCUUCCGCUUCAUCGCCCACCAGUCCUUCUUCUCUGCCGCCCGAUCCGGCGACCUCCCCGCCCUGCGCGACCUCGUCGCCAAGCUCGCCGGGGGGGACGAGCCCCCCGCCGCCUCCGCCUCCGCCGCCGUCGCCGACCUGAUGUCCCUGCAGAACGACGCCGGGGAGACCGCCCUGUACGUCGCCGCGGAGAACAACCUGCGGGAGGUGUUCGGCUACCUGCUCGGGUUCUGCGAUGUCCGGGCGGUUAAGAUCAGGUCCAAGGCCGACAUGGACGCGUUCCAUGUCGCCGCUAAGCGCGGCCACCUGGGGAUUGUGAAGGAGCUUCUGACCAUUUGGCCCGAGCUUUGCCGCUCAUGCGACUCCAAAAACACUACUCCGCUCUAUUCUGCAGCUGAAAAUGGCCACUUGGAUGUGGUGAAUGCAAUUUUGGAAGCUGAUUUGGGCUCAUUGAGGAUAGUGAGGAAGAAUGGAAAAACAGCCCUGCAUUUUGUCGGCAGAUAUGGUUCUCUUUUAAUGGUAAAAGCAUUGAUUGGGAGGGAUCUUGGAAUUGUCUGCAUCAAAGAUAAGAAGGGCCAAACUGCACUCCAUAUGGCUGUAAAGGGUCAGAGUACUGUCAUUGUGGAGGAGAUUUUGCUUGCUGAUUACUCAAUACUGAAUGAACGGGACAAGAAGGGCAAUACAGCUGUGCACAUAGCCACAAGAAAAUGCCGUCCCGAGAUUGUACGUUUUCUUCUAAGCUAUUUGUCUACCGACGUCAAUGCUGUCAAUAAUCAACAAGAAACAGCAAUGGAUCUGGCAGAUAAAUUGUCGUACGGAGAAUCUUCGUUGGACAUUAAGGAAGCUCUAAGGGAAGCUGGUGCUAAGCAUGCCAGGGAUCUUGGGCAGGUGGAUGAGGCAAUGGAACUCAAAAGGACCGUCAGUGAUAUUAAGCAUGAGGUGCAGUCGCAACUUAUACAAAAUGAGAAAACAAACCGAAGAGUGUCUGGUAUUGCCAAGGAACUGAGGAAACUUCACAGAGAAGCUGUCCAGAACACUACAAACUCUAUCACUGUUGUUGCAGUUCUCUUUGCCUCCAUAGCUUUUCUGGCUAUUUUUAGUCUUCCCGGUCAGUAUGUACGAACCGGACCAGACGCUGGGGAAGCCAACAUAGCUAAUGAAGUCGGUUUUCGGGUGUUUUGUCUUCUGAACGCUACAUCACUUUUCAUUUCACUAGCUGUGGUGGUGGUUCAGAUCACCUUGGUGGCUUGGGACACCAGAGCUCAGCAACAGGUCGUCUCUGUAGUAAACAAGUUGAUGUGGGCCGCGUGCGCAUGCACCUGUGGAUCUUUUCUGUCAAUAGCAUUUGUGGUGGUGGGAGAUGAUAGUUCAUGGAUGGCAAUUACGAUAACAGUAAUGGGGGCACCUAUUCUCAUAGGGACGCUCACAAGCAUGUGCUACUUUGUUUUCCGGCAGCACUUUGGGUUUUUCAACGGCGACUCCCAAAGACGCAUUAGGAGGGCUAGUGGAAGCAAAUCUUUCUCUUGGUCCUACUCGGCAAACAUUUCAGAUGUUGACGACUACUCUGACCACGAGAAGAUCUAUGCUCUGUGAUGCUGUUAGAAAACUGUCAAACUAUGUAAAUAGAAUGGCUUAGCUGCUUAAGGUAUGAGUUGUGGGGUGCGUCCGUCAUGGCUUCUUGGGUUCAUGCAUGCAGAAUCCCUCCCGAGCUUGUGUUAGCCAUCAUGAUAGUCUGCUGUCGUGUACUAUAUUUUUACAUCGCCAGAUGUGUAGUUUUUGCGAUCCAAGAAUGUUCAGCUGAAUACUUUUGACCGUCUGAGCAUAUGUAGAUCUAUCCACCAUCGAUUUUUCCUUCA